AUGGUUUGUUUAAAAUCCCUAAAUCCCCCUUUAAAACCUGAUAAAGUCAAGGUAUGGAAGCGGGACCUUAGGGAAAGCUCGUUACAACCUUUUGGCCGCUGGAUAACUUCAUUUGAUUGGUCAGAUAUUUUUACUACAAAUGCGUGCGAAGAUAAAUAUGGAAAAUUUAAUGACAUAAUGAGUGAUAUGAUUGAUAUUUUACUCCCUUUGAAAAGAACUAAAGUAACUAAAUGUGACAAACCAUGGCUGACGUCAUCAAUAAAAGAGUUAAUUAUAAAACGUCAAAAAGCUCUCCAUUAUUAUGGGAAAAAUUCUGAUGCGUAUAAACUCUGGCGAAACCAAGUCCAGCAAUCAAUUAAAUCGGCCCGAUUUAAGUAUUAUGCCCAAUCAGUUGAGAAACUAAAAACUUCCAAUCCCUCAAGAUGGUGGAAAGAAAUUAAGUCGUUGGGUGGUAUAUCUUCCAAAAGUUGUUGGUAUAAUCAACUACUUUCUAAUGAUAUUCCUAAUUGCCAUGACUUGGCUGAAGUAUUUAACUGUUUCCUUUCCGGUCUUACAUCACAUUUUACUCCUUUAACACGCGAGGAAGAACAAUUGGAUUUCAAUGUACCAGGUGAAUACCUCAUCGACGCUAAUAAAGUGUACAAUGAACUCCGCAAAAUUAAAACCAAUAAAAUCCCUGGUCCGGAUAUGAUACCUAACAAAAUUUUGAAAGUCUUUGCAUAUGAACUUGCUCCAGUUAUAACGGACAUUUACAAUUCGUCUAUCAUUCAGGGCGUGUUUCCGAUGAACCUCAAACGGUCUAUUGUAGUUCCAAUCCCUAAAGUCUCACUACGUCAAAGCGUGGAGGACGAUCUAAGACCCAUAUCAUUAACGUCCCAAAUUUCUAAGGUCAUGGAGGGGUUCACCUUGACAAAAUUAUUUGCCCAAAUUGAGAGUAAAUUGGACACGAAGCAGUUUGCGUUACCAGGGAAAUCUACGACUCACGCCCUAACAUACCUCCUGCACACCAUUUUGUCUUCCCUUGAGAACACUUUCUGCUCCGCUAGAUUGUUUUUUGCAGACUUUAAAAAGGGGUUCAAUCUUGUUGAUCAUAAUGUCAUAAUAUGCGAGCUGGAAAAUCUUGGUGUACAUCCUGCCAUAGUGAGGUGGAUAAAAGCUUUUCUUAGCAACCGUGAACAGUGUGUGCGAAUUGAAAACUCAUACUCGUCGUGGAAGAAAACAAACGGUGGUCUACCACAAGGAACAAAACUAGGACCGCUACUUUUUGCAGUCCUUGUAAAUUCUUUGCUCAAGGAUUGGCCUGGGAGAGUCAAAUUUGUCGACGAUACUACAGUCUUGGAAAUAAUUCCACGAUGUUCACCCAGCUUCCUACCAAUUAUCGUGGACCAAAUAUCCGAUUAUGCAAACGAACGAGGAAUGAGACUAAAUCCAAAGAAAUGCAAAGAUAUGGUUAUUACGUUUCUUAAGUAUAAACUGGUAGAAAAUGACAUUUUUAUAGGCGGCGAUGUGGUGGAGAGAGUCUCCAGUUUUAAACUACUAGGCGUGUAG